CUUGCCCUCAAAGUUCAGACUCCUUUUACAUCAAACUUACCUUUCUGGUUUGAUAAAAGAGGAGGGAGUUUUCUUCUCAUGAAGAAAUAUGAAAAGUUCAAUUGCUUCUGGAUAAUCACUUGAAUAUUUAAUUCAAUCCAGCCUUUCCAGCUUCAGCAUUUAUAGUGGCAGUGCAGAAGAUAAGGCUUUGGUGGCCAUUGGUGCAUGUGACUUUUUUCCACUCCAUGGAAAAUAUUGUCAAGAAUUUGUGUCUCUUCUGUCUGCUACUGCUGUUCUUGCCUUCUCCUUCUUCUUCAUAUCCCCUCUGCACAAACUUGAGGCAACCGAGCAGCAAGACGGGGCGUUUGUCGUUCUGUCCGUACGAUGGGAAAGUCUGUUGCAGUAAAGCACAAGAUGUUCAGCUGCAGAAGCAGUUUGAGGCCAUGAACAUUUCUGAUUCUUUCUGUGCUUCAGCUGUCAAAUCUAUCAUCUGCGCAACUUGUGAUCCAUUCUCAGCAAAGCUGUUCAACGUUGAUUCAGAGCCUCGAUCAGUCCCAAUAUUGUGUAAUUCCACAGCAGCAUCAAGCCAGAGAAAUGAUAGCUUCUGCUCAAGUGUAUGGCAAUCAUGCCAAGAUGUGCUGAUUUUGAAUUCCCCAUUCGCUCCCGCGCUGCAAAGCAAGGCUGUGGUUUCACAAAACGCGACUCUGUCCAAGUUAACCGACCUCUGGCAAUCCAAGUCCGACUUCUGCAAUGCGUUUGGGGGCGCCUCUGGCGAAAGCUCUCCUUGCUUCGAAGGGGAGCCUGUCUCACUUAACGAAACAGACACGCUGCCUCCGCCAAAAAGCAUGUGCCUUGAGAAAAUCGGCAAUGGCUCAUACAUCAACAUGGUUCCUCAUCCUGAUGGAUCCAACCGGGCUUUCUUCUCCAACCUGGCAGGAAAAAUCUGGUUAGCCACCAUACCAGAACAGGAUUCAGGUGAGGUAAUGGGAGUCGAUGAAUCGAGCCCGUUUGUUGACUUGACGGACCAAGUAUACCUGGAUACAAGCUUUGGAAUGAUGGGAAUGGCGUUUCAUCCAAACUUUGCUACGAAUGGGAGGUUCUUCGCGUCCUUCAACUGCGACAAGGAGAAGUCUCCGGGAUGUAGUGGGAGGUGUGCCUGCAAUUCAGACGUCGGGUGUGAUCCGUCUCAGUUAGGCUCCUUGGAGUCAGGAGAAGUCUGCAAAUAUCAUAUCGUUGUUGCUGAGUAUUCUGCCAAUGGAACUGCUGCAAGCCCAUCAAUGGCAGACAAAGCAAGACCGAGAGAGGUACAGAGGAUUUUCACAUUGGGACUACCCUUUACAGCAAAUCAUGGUGGCCAAAUUCUCUUUGGCCCAGAUGAUGGCCACCUAUAUGUCAUGUUGGGGGACGGAGGAAGUAAAGGAGAUCCCUAUAACUUUGCUCAGAACAAGAAAUCGCUUCUUGGAAAGAUUAUGAGGGUAGAUGUCGACAAGCUUCCAAGCGAAGAUGAGAUGGCUAAACUAGACCUGUGGGGAAACUAUUCUAUCCCAAAAGAUAAUCCUUAUUUAGAAGACAAAGAAAUGCAACCGGAGAUCUGGGCUUAUGGCCUCAGGAAUCCGUGGCGCUGUAGUUUUGAUGCAGAGAGACCUUCCUACUUUAUGUGUGCUGAUGUUGGACAGGAUCAAUAUGAAGAAGUUGAUAUCAUUUCCAAGGGAGGAAAUUAUGGAUGGCGUGUCUAUGAAGGCCCCCAAGAAUUCGAGCCUCAGAAGACUCCGGGGGGCAAUACUUCUGCAGAUUCCAUUGAUCCCAUCUUCCCAGUGCUGGGAUACAGUCACUCCAAUAUUAACAAACUUGGAUCUGCAGCAAUAUCAGGUGGAUUCUUUUACCGGUCCCAGACCGAUCCAUGCACCUACGGAAGUUACCUAUACGGGGACCUUUACGCAAGCCACAUUUGGGCAGCGUCAGAAACUCCUCGAAACAGUGGGAACUUUACAACCAGUGACACUCCUUUUAGCUGUGCCACAGAUUCUCCCAUUAAGUGUGACGUCGUGCCCAACAGCAAUCUUCCGGCUUUAGAGUAUAUAUUUUCAUUUGGACAAGAUAACAAAAGAGAUGUCUACAUUUUAACACAGAGUGGAGUGUACAGAAUAGUUCGCCCAAGCCGAUGCAACUAUGCCUGCUCCAAGGAAGUUGCGACUUCUAGAAAUCCUCCUGCACCUGCUCCGUCUCAUGGAUAUUUUCUUCUGCCACAUUCAGCCAUGAAGCUUCUUCUUCUUUUGGCGUUUUUGCUUUUCCUGUGACAUGUUAGAUUCCUUGUACUGAACCUGAGAAUGGAAUAUAGUAGACUUAUGAUGUCUCUCCAUCAAUAUCCAAUAUGAUGUGUUUGUUUACAA